CCCCGGACCCUGCAUUCACUAUACCUGGUCUCCCCGGACCCUGCAUUCACUAUACCUGGUCUCCCCGGACCCUGCAUUCACUAUACCUGGUCUCCCCGGACCCUGCAUUCACUAUACCUGGUCUCCCCGGACCCUGCAUUCACUAUAUCCUGGUCUCCCUGGACCCUGCAUUCACUAUAUCCGGUCUCCUGGACCCUGCAUUCACUAUAUCCAGUCUCCCAGGACCCUGCAUUCACUAUUCACUAUACCUGGUCUCCCUGGACCCUGUAUUCACUAUAUCUGGUCUCCCAGGACCCUGUAUUCCCUAUAUCUGGUCUCCCAGGAACCUGCAUUCACUAUAUCUGGUCUCCUCAGACUCUGCAUUCACUAUAUCCGUUCUCCCAGGACCCUGCAUUCACUAUACCUGGUCUCCUCAGACUCUGCAUUCACUAUAUCCGUUCUCCCAGGACCCUGCAUUCACUAUACCUGGUCUCC